ACAGGUUCAUGGAAAUCUGUUGGCACUGCUUCCUGCUCAGACUCUGAGCUAUCAUUCCCCACUUGUGUGAAAGGAAUGCUUUAUUGGCUUUGCCAUGAGUGGCCAUGUUUUAGUGUGAUUUCAUUUGACUUGGAUACUGAAGAGUUCCUAUCGGUUCCAUCAGUGCCUUCUGGACAGGAGGAUGGUCGUGAUGUGAGCAUGGGAGAUUUGGGAGGUAGUCUAUGUCUGUGUAAAGCUGAGAGUUUUGAAAUCAAUGUGUGGGUAAUGAAUGAUUCUGGUUCACAAAAACUUUGGAUGAAGAAGAUUUCGAUUCGUACUGGUUUUUAUCGAAGGUGGCCAGGUGGCGUAUACAUACCCAUGAAAUACUUUGAGAAUGAUGGUCUGUUGAUGUUUAAUUCUCGUCUCAAUGCCUUCUUUUACCAUCACCCAGGAAACCACAGUCCAUUCAUUUAUCUUAAGCUUCGAGAGAUCAAAUAUUCAUCUACUGAGGCAAUUAGUCAUGUUCCGAGCUUUAUUUCGCUCAAGGAUAUUCUGGUGGGGAAGGAUGUAGAAAUACUGAAUAUCAAUUCAAGGUGUGCAGUGUUGAAGCUGCCCGGAGAGACCGAAGCCCUAUCUCUGGUGGAAGAAAAU